UCCCCCACCCCUAGGAUGUUUCUCUCCUCUCUCUCGCUUUGCAUUGUGACUCCCUUCCUCUCUGUGCCUGUUUGUACACGUUUGAUCCCCCCUUCCCCCCCCCCUUCCCCAGUCAGCACUCGGCCAGGCUCCGGGCCUUGCGCUGGAAUCGGGCUUAGAAAGGGGCAGCUCCACCUCGCCAGGCCCCGAGUGUGCCUGCGGGGCUGUCGGGCAGGUGGCCCAGGACGAGGAGCCAUACAAGGUUCUGGAGCGGGAGAGGGACCAAGCCAGGAUGGACGGGAGCACCCCGCCUUCCCAGGUCAAGGAGGAGGCUAUGGGGAGGGGGGGAGGCCAGUGGAGGGACAAGGACAAGGAGACCCGGUGAGAGUCGGGGUGGUGCUGGUGCUGACUACGAGGGAUGGGGGGGGUCUUCUUCGGGGAAGGCCUCCCCCUCCGGCCGCCCAGCUCCAUUCCUGCCCUGCGGCUCCCCUUCUUCCCCUGGAUCUGGACCGCUGGUCAUCCCUCAGGGCUCAGCCGGGGGCGACCCUCUCGGAAAGCUUCCCGGAGGAUGCAGAGUCGCGGGGCGGGGCGGGGCGGGGCGGGGCGACCCGGGAGAAGCUGAUUCGGGCUACCCGAGCGGGAUCCCCGGCCCUGCCGAGCUCCCGCCCCGGCUUCCCGGGUUUCAAUUUUCCCGCAGGCGGGGCGGCCCGGGAAAUCGAAAGUUGUGGGCCGGGCGCCGGUCCAGGGUGGGAGCAUCGGCCGCGCCCCUCCUCCAGAUCUCCCGGCCCGGCGGCUUCCGGCUCAGUCUCGGCGGCUCCCCGUGCCAUGGACAGCACCCAGAGGCUCCCGCUGGGCCGCUUGAGCCGCGCUUCGCCCCCCAGCUAUGACCUGCUCCCCGACGAGGCCGAGCCCGGCGCCAGCCGGCUCUCCACGAGCGUCAGCAUCGGGCCCUGCGAGCCGGCCCCGCCGGACUUCUUCGUGUGGUCCGUCUUCAGCACGCUCUACAUGAACUUCUGCUGCCUGGGCUUCGCGGCGCUCGUCUUCUCCGUCAAGGCCCGAGACCGGAAGGUGGUCGGUGACCUGAAUUCGGCGCGGAGCUACGGCGCCACCGCCAAGUGCCUGAACAUCUUCGCGCUGGUCUUCUCGCUCCUCCUGCUCGUCGUGCUGGUCACCGCCCUGGUCCUGUGCCUCCUGGUCUUCCAGCCGCACAGAUAGCGAGGCGACCCUUCCCUGGCGGGCGAGUUCUGGGGCAACUAAGCGGGCUGGCCGGCCCCCCCGCCCCCCCUCACUCCAUGAGCUCGUGCCGGCCCCCUCCCCCGCCCCCCCGCCAUGAGUUCGUGCCGGCCCCCCCCGCCCCCCCU